UAAUUUUAUUAAUAGUUGAAGAUUCUGCUCUUUUUUCCUAUCGUCACGAUUAGUUUGUAGAUUAAUUAAUUUGAUUAUCCAUUGUACACAUCUUAUAAUAUUUGUUCAAUACAAUAUAUGUUUUAACAAAAAGAAAAAAAAAAUCAUGAUCAAGCUUGAACAACACAUUCAUCAUAUCAUUACUUAUGGCUUUUGAACUUCAUAUGGUAUCAUCCAAUUACAUGAAAUUAUGAACAAUGAAGAAUUCAUACACAAAAUACACAAAUGAAAUAGACCAAACCCCACGAGCAACAUAACAUUUGAGAAAGAAAAGAAGAAGAAAAAAAACCAUUAAUUUGUUUUAUUAAAAACUGAUUGCCUUUAUUAAAGUUUAAAACAAUCAAUUACGCACGACCCCGACAAAUAUAAAAAAUGACCAAAAGAAAAGUUCGGUCCACUCACUUUGUUUUCUUUUCAAGUUUCUGCUUUUUCUUCCUUUGAUCAAAACCCACUCCAAAAUGUCUUGGUCUCUGCUCCACCAUCUUCUCCCUCUCACUCUAUCAAAUUCCUCUCAUUUAUGAAAAUGGAGCCAACCAGCAAUGAAAUCGAUCGUGAAUUUCGAUUCUUCAGGACAUACAAAAAUGGUCAAGUCGAAAAGUUCUACAGUACCCAUAAAAUCCCACCUUCUAACAACCCCGUCACCGGGGUCCAAUCCAAAGACAUCAUAAUCUCACCCGAACCCGCUAUUUCCGCCCGUAUCUUCCUACCCAAGAUCCAUGAUCCGACCCGGAAACUCCCCGUCCUCUUCUACAUCCACGGCGGCGGGUUUUGCUUCGAGUCCGCCUUUUCCCCGCUCUACCACAACCACGUUGCCUCACUGGUCACUGAAGCCCGAGUUAUUGCGGUGUCUGUCGAAUACGGGUUGUAUCCGGAUCGACCCAUACCCGCUUGCUACGAAGAUUCAUGGGCCGCUCUCAAAUGGGUCGUGUCCCAUUCGGCCAGGAACGGACCUGAGCCAUGGUUGAACGAGUACGCUGACUUUGACCGGGUUUUUAUAAGUGGGGACAGCGCUGGAGCGAACAUAUCGCACAAUUUGGCGGUUCGGGUCGGGCCUGAUGGGUUUUCGGGUGUGAAAGUUAACGGGAUUGUUCUGGUGCAUCCGUUCUUUGGGGGUCUGGAGGAGGAUGAUGAAAUGUGGCUUUACAUGUGUCCGGAGAACGGUGGGUUGCAGGAUCGUAGGCUGAAACCGCCCGCAGAGGAUCUGGCAAGGAUUGGGUGUGGGAGGGUGUUGAUAUUUUUUGCUGCUGAAGACCAUCUGAGGGAGGUGGGCCAGCGGUACUAUGAUGAGCUGGCGAAGAGUGAGUGGGGUGGGAGCGUUGAGGUGGUGGAGCAUGAAGGUGAGAGCCACGUGUUUCAUCUGAUGAAGCCUGAUUCUGAGAAGGCUACAAAUUUGAUCAAGAAAUUUGGUUCCUUCAUUAACCAAAAUUAGGCAGGUAUUUACCAACUUACCCCCUUAAAAGAAACAAGUUGAAAUUUUCACCGUGCAUUGUAAUCACAUCCAUUUACUUUACCUUGCUUGCUAUAAUGCUGUCUCUGAUUCUCAUACAUGCUUUGUUCACUAACCGGGAACAACUAUAAUGUGAACUUUGGAGAUAAAUUUUAAAAAAAUAAGACUUCACUCGAGUAUUAUUCAA